GAGCCGGCCCGGGGGGCAGGGGUGGGGCCGGAGCUCCUAGCGGGAACUGCGCCCUCCGAGGCGUCGAGUCACCUUUUCGCCGGUUCCUCUGGCAGUGCCCGGCCAUUGCGCGUGGUAUUGUCCCCGUACUCCUUACGGACCUCAGGCGGCCCGCCACAGGCAACUCUGGUAGCUCUCCUGGUCUGGUCGCUUCACAGAAAGAAGAGUAGAAGAAAAAAUAGAAUAAGUCAUGUCGGAGAUCCUUGACCUCUCUUUUCUGUCUGAUGUGGAAAGAGAUUUGAUCCUUAGUGUUCUACAAAGAGACGAGGAGCUCCAGAAAGCAGAUGAGAAAAGGAUUAGGCGAUUGAAGAAUGAGUUACUGGAGAUAAAAAGGAAAGGAGCCAAGAGGGGCAGCCAACACUAUAGUGAUUGGACCUGUGCCCGGUGCCAGGAGAACCUGGGCCGUUUGACUCCUAAGACCAAUACUUGUCGGGGUUGUAAUCACCUGGUAUGCUGGGACUGCCGUAUCCAGGAAAGCAAUGGUACCUGGAGGUGCAAAGUGUGCGCCAAGGAGAUAGAGCUGAAGAAGGCAACUGGAGACUGGUUUUAUGACCAGAAAGUGAAUCGAUUUGCUUACCGCACAGGCAGUGAGAUAAUCAGGAUGUCCCUGCGCCGGAAACCUGCAGUGAAUAAAAGAGAGACAGUGAGACAGUCCCUCCUUCAUCAGUCACAGAUGGGUGAUGUCUGGCCGGGAAGAAAGAUCAUUCAGGAACAACAGAAGGUGUCCAGUGUGCCAUUUGAAGUGCCCAAGCUGAAAAGUGGAAAGAAUGCACUGGAGGCAGAGCGUGAGAGUCUGGAUAGCUACACGGCUGACUCAGAUAGCACGUCCAGAAGAGACUCUCUGGAUAAAUCUGGUCACUUUCCAGAAUGGAAGAAGAUGUCUGCCCCCAAAUCUCAAGUGGGAAAGGAAACUCAGUCUGGGGGUCAAAAUGUGGUAUCAGUCGAUGAGGGUGACAUGAUAUUCAAGAAGAACACCAGAAAAAUCCUCAGGCCUUCAGAAUACACUAAAUCUGUGAUUGAUCUUCGCCCGGAAGAUGUGGGGCAUGAAAGUGGAUCCUUGGGAGACAGAAGCAAAUCUGUCCCAGGCCUCAGCGUGGAUAUGGAAGAGGAAGAGGAGGAAGAAGAAGACAUUGACCACCUGGUGAAGUUGCAUCGCCAAAAGCUAGCCAGAAGCAGCUUGCGAAGUGGCUCUUCCAUGAGUACAAUUGGCAGCAUGAUGAGCAUCUAUAGCGAAGCUGGCGAUUUCGGGAACAUCUUUGUGACUGGCAAGAUUGCCUUUUCCCUGAAGUAUGAGCAGCAAACACAGACUCUGGUCAUCCACGUGAAGGAGUGCCACGAGCUGGCCUAUGCCGAUGAAGCCAAGAAGCGCUCUAAUCCAUACGUGAAGACUUAUCUUCUGCCUGACAAGUCCCGGCAAGGAAAAAGAAAAACCAGCAUCAAGCGGGACACCAUCAAUCCGCUAUAUGAUGAGAUCUUCAGUUAUGAGAUCCCAGAAUCUCUCCUGGCCCAGAGGACAUUGCAGUUCUCGGUUUGGCAUCAUGGUCGUUUUGGCAGAAACACUUUCCUUGGAGAGGCAGAGGUCCAGAUGGAUUCCUGGAAGCUUGAUAAGAAACUGGAUCAUUGCCUCCCUUUGCAUGGAAAGAUCAGUGCUGAGUCCCCGACUGGCUUGCUAUCACACAAAGGCGAGUUGGUGGUUUCAUUGAAAUACAUCCCAGCCUCCAAACUCCCUGUUGGAGGUGACCGGAAAAAGAGUAAAGGUGGGGAAGGGGGAGAGCUCCAAGUGUGGAUCAAAGAAGCCAGGAACCUGACGGCUGCCAAAUCAGGAGGGACCUCAGACAGCUUUGUCAAGGGAUACCUCCUUCCCAUGAGGAACAAGGCCAAUAAGCGUAAAACUCCUGUGAUGAAGAAGACCCUGAAUCCCCACUACAACCACACAUUUGUCUACAAUGGAGUGAGGCUGGAAGAUCUACAACACAUGUGCCUGGAACUGACUGUGUGGGACCGGGAGCCCCUGGCCAGCAAUGACUUCCUGGGAGGGGUCAGGCUGGGGGUUGGCACUGGAAUCAGUAAUGGGGAAGUGGUGGACUGGAUGGACUCGACUGGGGAAGAAGUGAGCCUGUGGCAGAAGAUGCGACAGUACCCAGGGUCUUGGGCGGAAGGGACUCUGCAGCUUCGUUCCUCGAUGGCCAAGCAAAAGCUGGGCUUAUGAGUACCUGCCCUUCUCUGCAGGCCAAGCCCUGACCAGGGAAAAUCAGAGGAAGUGAAGAAACCAAGAGCAAAGAUUUAUAAUUUAAUGUGUGUGUGUGUUAUGUAUGUGUGUGUGUACAAACAUGUAUUUCUACAGGUCUCAUUGUGGUAGAGUGAUGCAGACUUGUUCCCCUUUUGAAAGUGGGCUCAAAAAUUAGGAUCUCUUCAAAAUGUUUUUAUUUGUGCAUAAUCUAGUAUACUUUCAGAGUCCUUUGUUUCUUAUAUCUUUCCGAGGCUUAAUUAACUUAUAAAAUCUUCUAAAACAAUGUUUUAUCUCCCGCCUUACUAUCCAUGUUCCUACUCCCCCGGGAAGCCAUGGCUACCUCUGGCAUUAGUACCAAUCUAUGUUUCAAGGUAUUCCUGGUCUGAGGCCAAGGCUCUGGGAAGCAGGGUUGGGUUACUAAUGAGGAGAAGACGAGAGAGAGGUGAGUAGGCCCUCUCCUUCUCUAAUGUGUGCUUUUAACUCAUUUUCUGCCUUGAUGCAUUAAAGGAACUUGGAUUGUAACUUCUCUUGUUUUUAAGCACUUUCUACCUUGCUUGAGUCUAAUGGUUUUCUUUGAAAUGUUAAUAAAAUUCUUCAGUUCCUUCUGGUUUUAGAAACCUUCACUAGACCUUAUAAUGGAGCUGCUUUAGAAAAGCACUUUAAUUAAAUCAUGGCCUUUUGAUGGAGUCAUGGACAUGCCCAGCAAGUGCUUCUUGGUGAUCCCAUAGGACCAGAGUGACUGAGGGUGAAGUGUCUUCCAGUCUGUGUUGAAUUCUUUGCAUUUAAACUGAUACAACAGUUGUUGGAGAACUCCUCAUUUCUCUAAUGAAAGGCAAGACAUCUUCACUCUCAUCAUGUACCACAUCUUUCUUAGCAUUUGUGUCCGCGAUAUGUUACCACACAGACUAUGGUCUCUAUACCAUGAUGCCAGCCAGAAUAGCCAAGUACUGUCUAAACUGGUCCAGUGUUUCUCCAGGUCGGGUACUGUUAGUGCUCCAAGAGAAUGUGUUCAGAGAAUCUCCCAGUUACUCUGACUUCCUUCUUGAAGUGAGUUCAGUUCUUAUUUCUUCUAUUGUUUCCUAAACUUGACCUACAUGUAACAUGGGCGCAGUGUCUUGAGACCUUUCUAAGUAAGGGUCUGGUGAUCUAAGGUUCAUUUUCUGAAACUCACUGUUCCAAAAUGACCUUUUUAUUCCUCCAAGUCUAUCUACACAAAGUCGUUUGUGAAAGGAGUCUCUAUGAGAGAAGAAAUCCCUGUCAGUCCAUUUGGCUCCUAGCUGACUCUCCUAGGAGGCCACUGGAUUGAGGGCAGCUGGAUGGUUUCUGUUGUAUGUAUGAAUUGAAUGGAGGAGUGUUUUUAAAAGGUUUAUUUGGUGUGGAUUGAUAUUGUAAUGGAAGGCAUAACUUGGGAUCCUGGGCUGUAACUUGAUCCUUUGUUCUCCAUCCCCUGAAAUGUGUGUGUUCUUCAAUAAAGUGUUUUCAUUAGUCAA